UACACUGGAUGUGCUGCACAGCUCUUUCUUUUUGUAUUUUUCAUUUCAGCAGAGUUUUUCCUCCUGACCAUCAUGUGCUACGACCGCUACGUGUCCAUCUGCAAACCCCUGCACUACGGGACCUUUUUGUUGUUUUUGUUAGUUCUGUACCCGGUGGUGAGUCCAACACUGAACCCCUUCAUCUACAGCCUGAGGAACGAGGAGCUCAAGGCUUCCAUGUGGGCACUAAUGACAGGAUGCUUUCAGAAACAUUAA